AUGUCUAUCCUCAAGCUGGUCGAAGACCGGCCAACCCCAAGAGCAGUCUACAACUGGAAGGUUUACCUUCUGGCAGCAGUGGCCUCAUGCACAUCCUGCAUGAUCGGUUAUGAUAGUGCUUUCAUCGGCACAACCCUCGCCCUUGACUCAUUCAAGGCCGAGUUUGGCUUUGACACCAUGGGAAAAGAAACCCGGGACCUCAUCAGCGCCAACAUUGUUUCCUGCUACCAGGCCGGUGCCUUCUUCGGUGCGUUCUUCGCGUACCCGGUCGGGCACUUCUGGGGCCGCAAAAUCGGUCUGUUGGUUGCUGGUUUGGUCUUCAUCCUUGGUGCGGGUCUUAUGCUCGGUGUCAAUGGCGAUCGUGGUCUUGGCCUGCUCUAUGCUGGUCGUGUCCUUGCUGGUCUGGGUGUCGGAGCUGGCUCUAACAUCACUCCUAUUUACAUUUCUGAAUUGGCGCCUCCUGCGAUUCGUGGUAGAUUGGUCGGUGUUUAUGAGCUUGGCUGGCAGGUUGGUGGUCUUGUUGGCUUCUGGAUUAACUUCGGUGUCGACGAGACCUUGGCUCCUUCUCACAAGCAGUGGAUCAUUCCCUUUGCGGUGCAACUGAUUCCUGCUGGCAUGCUUAUCAUUGGUGCUGUCUUCAUCCGGGAGUCACCCCGUUGGCUGUUUGGUCGUGGUCGCCGCGAAGAGGCUAUUAAGAACCUCUGCUGGGUGCGCCAGUUGCCCGCUGAUGACAUCUACAUGAUCGAGGAGAUUGGUGCCAUUGACCAGGCCUUGGAGGAGCAACGCCGCAGUAUCGGUAUCGGUUUCUGGAAGCCCUUCCAGGCUGCUGGAACCAACAAGAAGGUCAUGUGGCGUCUGUUCCUCGGAAGCGCUCUUUUCUUCUGGCAAAACGGCUCCGGUAUCAAUGCCAUCAACUACUACAGCCCGACCGUCUUCAAGUCGAUCGGUGUCCGUGGUACCAACACUAGUCUCUUCACCACCGGUAUCUUCGGUGUCGUCAAGACCGUGGUCACUUUCGUUUGGCUCCUCUGGCUGAUCGACCACGUCGGUCGCCGUAACCUCCUCCUCAUCGGCGCUGCAGGUGGUUCCGUCUGUCUCUGGAUCGUCGGUGCAUACAUCAAGAUCGCCAAGCCAGAGAACAACACCAGCGACAGCCUCAGCGGCGGCGGUAUCGCAGCCAUGUUCUUCUUCUACCUGUGGACUGUCUUCUACACCCCCACCUGGAACGGAACCCCCUGGGUCCUCAACUCGGAAAUGUUCGAUCCAAACAUGCGUUCCCUCGCUCAAGCCUGUGCCGCCGCCUCCAAUUGGCUGUGGAACUUCCUCGUCUCGCGCUUCACCCCGCAGAUGUUCACAACCAUGGGAUAUGGCGUGUACUUCUUCUUCGCGUCGCUGAUGAUGUGCUCCAUUAUCUUCGUGUACUUCCUCGUUCCCGAAACAAAGGGUAUUCCCCUCGAGAGCAUGGACCAACUCUUCGAUAUCAAGCCCGUCUGGCGCGCGCACGGACAGAUGGUUGCCCAGCUUCGCGACGAUGAGGCUCGCUUCCGUCAUGAUGUUGAGGAGUCCGGCAUCUCUGUCGGCAAGAUUGCCGCUGAGCAGGUUGAGGAUGCUUCUCCUGAGGCGACCCAGGCGAAGUAUGAUUGA